AUGGCACCGUCAUCAGCCUCUCCUUCUUCUCUUGGUAGAUGGUGGUUACGACCAAUAGUUACUAUACCGGCAGAGAAUGAUCGUAACGCCACUCUCAUGGAACAUAGUGUUGCCAUUAUACCCCUUUGCAGCGGUAUAUUGACUGUCAUCGCCAUAAUGGCAUAUAUCCCUCACGUCAUCGACAAUGUUCACUGCGACGCCAUAUUCACCAUCCAAUCCAUCGCCGUCUCACCAUCCUCUGCCACAUGGCACGUUCAUUUUCUCGUCAAGAACCCUACCUCUAGCUAUACAAUCUACUACGGAGACGAUGAAACUGCCGUGAGGCUUGGUCCUUUAAACGCAGCCGUUUUAAGUACUUCUCACGCACGUAAGUCUCGGAGUCACACGGCUUUCUCAGUGGAUUUCGUUGCAGAGGGUAAUCCGAACGACGACAUUUUCAAACAACUAGAUAUCAAAUUAAGGGCUAAGCAUCAUGGUUACUAUGAGGAUGAACCUGACGCUGGACAUGUUGAUAUAAGUUGUUAUAAUCUGGCCAGGAACCAUGAGAACGUCGACAAGAUUCAAUGCUACUCUUCUUUCACAAAAUUGAAGGAGCUUUUUGCCAAUUCCAUCUCCAUCUCAAACGCAGACGCUUCCGCCGCUGAUUGGAGCGUCGGUUUCGUUGCGAGGAGUCCAGUCACUGACUGCAAAGUCUCUCUACUGACACUCAACUCGCGUUUACUCCGAGGCGACAAAGUCAUCUCCAAUUCAUCGUCUCAUUCGUCUGGUUCUUUCGGACAACUUGUCGCCGGAGACAGAACAAAUGUCGUUUUCGAGAAGGUGGUGAUGCCGGAAGUUAAUGGCGACGUUAUUUGGGAUUUUAGGGUUGAGAUUGUGUCUACGGUGAACACAAAUGCUGGAGAUGUAACCGCUUUUAUGAUGGCUUUUUGUCCAGAUAUUCCGGUUAAAUUCACGACGGAUCCGGCAGGAAAGGUGGUGGUGGGAUCGUUGCUUGGAAAUAUGAGACGGUGUGAUUAUAAAUACCAGAAAAGCUUGGCUUAUUCUCUCCCAUCAUCAUGAAUAUUGCUAUGAUCUCUAUUUCUUGGCUUUUAGGUUAUUUUUUUUUACCGACUAGAGCAGCGACCGAUUUCUAAAAUCUGAGUUUUGUGUUUAUUUUUAUUUUUUUUAAACAUUGUGUAACUAUAAGCAUCUCUAGGGUAUAAUCGUAAAUUAAUUAAAACAGUUAGUUAGAGAAGAAGAUGAAUUGUAAACUUCAACAAUGGCAAUUGAAACUCUGCAACUAUCUCCUCUUCCAAAUUAAGAGUUGGGU